AUGAGCUCUAGCUGCACCCAGCAAGUCUUUUCGGAGUGUCCUCAGUUUGAGUAUGUUGGACUUAGCUACACUGGAUCUGCUGAUGAUUUCUUCGUUGACCCAAUUCAAGGACACAAAUACUUCGCCUCGCGUAACUAUAAACCACUUGAAAUUGCCAAUGGUUACCGUGUCCAAGAAAUUCGACCACAAGGACGCGGUACCUACACCGGUCAGGUUGAUGAUGGGUUUGCAGCGGCAAGUGGCUACAAGGUCCGUGAGGCUCGACCUCAAGCAUUCAAUCACUCGGAACCUAGAUAUCAAUCCCCACACGGCGAUUCUUACCCGGCUGCCGAUCAGCGCGUUCCUCAACAUGAAUAUCGCUCUCAGUUCCAGGAAGCUAACUCUGGAAGGGCACGCGCGACUGCGCAAUAUAGCUCUUCGACGAAGGGUAAUGAUAUACCAUACAAUGGCAGUCAUCAUAGAAAUGGGAAUAAUGCGUAUCCCUCUGAAGGAAGUAAGCAGUCGUUCACUUCAAGCGACUAUUCUGCCAAAUCGUCUUUCAAUUAUAGCUCCUAUCGAACCCGCACUGCCACUCCCAAGAAACCUCCGAUUCCAGACACUGACCUGCCGGUGGGCUUAAAGUCUGAAGUCGAUCUUUACGCUGUUCUUGGCGUACCCAAGUCUAGUAGUGCCCAGGAGCUGAAGAAGGUGCAUCGUCAAUUGUCUUUGAAGCAUCACCCUGACCGCGUGCCAGCCGAAUGCAAGGAGAAAGCCACGGAGCAAAUGGCCGAAAUCAACCGAGCUUACGAUGUCCUAAAGGACAAUGAAGCUAGACGAGUGUAUGAUACCACCGGUAAGGUAGUCGAAUCUUCAUGA